AUGGGGCGCAAUUCGGCUUUGUUUAAGCACCUAACUCCGGUGGAUUUCGAGGAAAUCCAACUGAAAGAGCUCAUCGAGGCAUCGGUGGCAGAGAGCAUGCGCCUUCCAAAAGUCGGCCAGGAUGCAACGGCAGACAUAAAGCUUAAAACUUUUGAGGCAGCCUGCCAGAUACUCUCGGCGUCUAAGGAGCCGAUAAAGGUCUCCGGUAGCAAAUCAACGUUGAAACCGGAGUAUAUCCCAAUCUGUGAUAUCUUUGCAAGGGCGAUUCUGGCAAGGGGAGGAAACUAUAGCAGCCUAACAAAGGACAAAAUCAGGAUGCUGGUCGGCCUGAUAGAGGGAACAAAGGUUAAUUGGGCAAAUGCAGUGUUCCACAACUUAAUGGAAAUGCCGGCCCCCGGUUCCACAAGUGGCCGAAAGAAGGCAACCGGCAAGAAAGCGGCCCUAGCAAAAGAUAAGGCCGAAAGCAAAGGAAAAGAGAAAGUAACAUUCUCGGAACCACCGCAACAAACGGAGGAUGAAGAAUCGGCUUCCCACUCUGAGAGAACCGAUACAGAAAAGACCGAUGAUGAAAGAUCGGCCAAUGAAGAAGAGCAUUCGGGCCAGAGCCCCGAUAAUGCCGGACCUGACACCAACCCUAAGACCACCGAGGGUGGUGAAGAGGCCGGUGAUGAAGGCGGCGACAAAGAUAAUGAGGAGGCCGAAGAAGCAGAGGCCGAUAGGGUAACUCUGAAACUUCUAAAGGGCGCCAAACAGCGAGCCGAGACAAUUGAGGAGUUAUACCUGGAAUGGCACGAGCAUCGGUUCGGCAAGCCGUAUAGGCAAAUCCUACCGGGCUACAAAGACGAGGAAUGCUUCCAUAGACUGAAGGAAGUGGAGGACGUGAUCAUGAAUCUCACAAAAUCCAAUACAAUUGAAGAGGUAUUACACCGAACCUAUCUCUUAAAACCACAGGUACAACUACGGAAGCUAACCACACGCAUCCGAAAGAUUACGGAGAAGUUCGAAGAGGUGGGACCGGAAGACACCUUAACACCACGGGUGUUAGAAAGGCUUGAAAAAGCCAAAGGAGACCUUAUUCAAGAAAUUGACCGGCUGGAGGCAAUGUACAGUCACAGGGAAAUACCGGUUUAUACUGCUCUCCGGAUCGAAACGAGUCCGGAUCACUGUCCAACACCUCCAAGGGAGAAUGCAGCAUCAGAAGAAUCCGAUGAAAGGGCGGAUCCUCUUCUCACCGGGCAAUCUCCACUUACACAACCGGAAGUCUCCGAAUCAGACUUCACAAAGGAAUGGGUUGAGAGCCGUCUUCAAAGGUUUGAAGACUCAACAACAGAACGAGUUGAUAGCCGUAUUCAAGAGUUUGAAGACUCCGCGGUUCAGCCAUUGAGGGAGAGAUUCCAGAGAACCGUUGGCUCGGCACUCAAGUUUGCCAACACCACAUGGCAACUUUUGGAGGGAACGAAAGAACGGUUCUCAGAAAUCGAUGAAGAUCAACAGGAAGAGGCGGUUCUGCGCAGCAAACUCCUAAAGCGAACCAUGAUUUUGGAAGAUACGACUUCCGAGAUAAAACAAGACUUUGGCCGGCUUGAAAGAGAGACCGAUCAACGAUUGGCGGAGGUUGCUGAGGACCUGGUUGCCGAAAUGCUAAAUGCUAAGAUAAAUGCGGACGCCGCGGCUGUAGAGGCUGAUGCCCAAGCGACUAAGAAGGUCCAGGAUGAGCUGGACGCCGAAGCUAGAAAAGAAAAGGAGGCACCACGAUCAUCGCAACUUACCGAGGAGGAAGAGGAAGCCGAGCGAAUUAGAAAGGCAGAGGCCAAGUUCCCAGGACUUGCAAAGAAGGCAGCCGCUCAAGCUGCGAAGGAUGCUGCGCGGUUGGAAAGGGAAAGACGGAGGCUGGAAGGCUUCGUAGACGACAACAAAAAGAAAAAGGCGGCCUCUUCCGUUUCAGCUCCGACAAAGCGAAAGAGGGAACCUUCAAAGAAAGUUCAACUAGCCGACCUACUCAAUGAGGUCACUGAAACGAUCAUCACGAGUACAUCGCAGCAGGCUACUCCAUUCGAAGAGGAGGAUGAAGAACACCUGCAGACCCGGUCUACAAGACAAAGAGUCUCCGAACCGGCCAGUCGAUCGCAACCGGUGAAGAAAAAGUGGAACAUAUAUGACUUCUCGGACUCGGAAUAG